GUUCAUUUUUGAUUUUUUUUCUUUCCUAGAAGUAAAUAUACUUUCCAAUGGAAAGUGGGUAGGUGUUAGUGUUGAGCCCUGCCUUGCUAGCAGAGAUUAUCAGUUAUUUAGUUUUCAUGAUGUUGUAUUUUUGCUUCUGCAGAUUGAAGAAGAAAUUGUCACUCUAAAGCAAGCUCUUGAUCGAAAAGAGAAACAGUUAGCUGAAAUCAAACGGCUGUUAGGUAUCACAGCAUGGACACAGAUAAGAGAUGGAUUUCACCACCAAUAUCAAAACCUACAAGGAACUCAGAUGUAUCAGAAGACAGCUGACACGUUUAAAGAUUUGAAUGACAAAAUUACUCACUCUCAAGCGUAUAACAAACUAAGUAGUGGUGCUUCUGCUACUAAAUCAGUACUAAGUGGUGCGGGAUCCAAAACAGCAACCGCUGCAAAAAAUGUUGGAUCGGCAACAGCCAAGAAACUAGGAGAAAUUAGGGGAUCAUCUAUGUUUCAAUCUUUGGAAAGUAAAGUUGUAUCUGCCUCUUCAACUCUUAAGGAAAAGGUCAUUGGACAGAGGUCCAACAGUUUGGAUGAAUCUGAACUUAAUAAGAAUCAAGAUAUGGAUCAAGAGAAGGAGAUGACAGUUACAUCCUAACUUGAUGAUAUAACAAUAAAUCAAGAUAACUUGUUAAGAGUGAUCAUUUCGAAAGUAAUCCCACCUUUUACAAGUUGGGUUAAGUGGGUUACAUUCAUAACUAUGAUUUUCAGUGCAUUUUUUGUUUCUUUGGGGAAUUUUUUUAAAUAAAAGUAUAUCUUUCCUGCUAAGAGAUUUCAUGGUUAAAAAGAUCAUUCUUUUGAGCUAGUGGAAAAAUUUGUGAUAUCCUCGCACAAGUCAUGCAGUAGCACUACUGGUGUGGACAGGGAGAAAGCUAAUCAGAACGAAUUCCUGGAGGCCAGUACAAAUACUGCAGAACAUGAUGUACUCAAGCUGCCGACAGUAUACGUGACAAGUUCAAUAUUAGUUAAACAAAUAAUGAGGCAAGUAACUGCAUAGAAAAAUUAAAAAAAUAGGGUUAUACUGUCUGGCAACUGAGCUUGUUAAACAAAUGUUAAAACAAAUGAUAAGUCACAACUGAUUAGCAAAUUGUCCAGUAACAUUUCUAAAUCUUAGGGGUAUGUACCUUAGGUGUUUGUAAUAAAACUGCAAUAAAGCAAAGGGCUCCUAGAGCGAGCUCAUUCAUGUAAUGACUAAUUUGCAUUAUGCUCUCUGGUUAUGAAAUAUUGGUACAGUUGAAGCCCAUUAAUUGGAACCCUCGAGGGGAAGAGCAGUUUGAAAUAGCAGGGGUUAAGUUCAAAUAGUUAACGCUUUGCAUGUCCGCAAUGUGCUGAAGUACAGUACUAUAUCAUUAGACCAUGCUCAGGGAGUAUUUUUAGUGAUCCUGUACUAAGUGGCCACCUGUAUUAAGCAGCCAGUUCCUCAAGUCCUGAGGGUGGCUAUUAUGUACAGGUUUGACUGUACUUGGACCCCAGCAAGUAAAUAGCUGAUAUUUCACUGACCAUCCCCUAUCCCCUGGGGGAGCCACUCCCGUAUUUAGCUUGUAGGGAGAUGUGCCACUGGACAGGGUACAGUAUACCUUAUUAUAGGCAACGCUCCUGUUAAUUAACGUUUUUGAAAUUAACACAACUUAAAUUAACACGAAUUGAAGGUAAAUCUCCUUCCCAAUAAAGGAAAUUAAUUCGAGAGAGGGGACAAAAUUUCAAAAUGAGGGAAAUUAACGCAUCUGCUACACCAAAAAAAAAAAACAGAAUUUGUUGAGAACAGGAACCAAUUUAUUUUAACACUGUAAAGCUGACAGCAAAUACGAACAAAAUUCAGUUGAAGCACAGUAAAUGAUUUACUAAUGUGAAAGAUUGAUGUGAAAUGUAAAGGGCACAAAUAAAAUUUAUUGUUUGGCUGUGUCAA